ACCUUGAUCUGGCCUAUACGGACCGCAGAGUGCUCAGAUUUGCCGAAGAUCAGUCGUUACGUUUUGUCCUCUUCCACAGCGUUCCAACGACACCAAUCAUGAAGGGCUUCCUCAACGACCUGAAGGACCUCAAGAACUCACUCCCUCGUCCAACACCAGCACCAGGCUCCACUCCUCCAAUCCCCGGAAACCGACCAUACCCACCGCCUCCAGCCUACGGAGAAAAACCUGCACAAUUUGCACUGACGGCAAAUGGACACCACGCUCCGCCUGAAAUUACCUCGAUUAAGAGUGGCGAGUGGGUACAUCAGCGAAUCCUGCUCGUUGAAGGUCGUGCGGGACCACAUGGGUCUACGUUCGAUGCCAGUAUUACUGUUCAGCAUCAUCUGAAUACCUUUCCGUCCCAAGUUUAUCCGGUCACCGACUCGCAUUUCAAGGCACUUGUCCACCUCGUUCCUGGGCCGAAUCAAGUCAGAUUUGUGUUUGAGGGUUUGGAGACGAUGUUAAACGUGUCGUACUUGCCACUAACACAGAACCCACCCCUCCAUCUCGCGAUCUUGGUCGCAAAAGACAGUCCCCACAAAUUCGACACCAUGCCAAACCGAGGCCCAAAUGACCUCGAAGAAGCAAAGAAGAAGCUACGAAUGGCGGGAUACCUCUGGCAAUCUUUCACUGCGGAACAAAUGCACCGUAACGGCAUGGGCCGCCGGACUUUCCGUCUUGACGAAGAGUGGGGGCUGGAUACGCUGUCUUCACCUCCAGCUCUCCGACAAACCGCACGGAUCCAUGUCAUCCGCACCGACAAAACCACGGCUGAACUGCGACACCCUAAUCGCGCGCAACAAAACCCCCAAGGCAACGAUACGGGCGCUUUAUUCGGCAUUACCCUUGAUGCCCUCCGCGCCGCCGGGAUCCCAUUCACCAACGGUAAAGUCUGGGUAGCAUGCCUCCUCCUCGACGCCCACUGGGACGGAAAACUCAUCACGGCACAUGCCGCCCUCGGUGGAGGCGCAGGAGACACUCAACUCGGUAUCUUCGGCUCUCACACACUCUGGUCAUGGCCUUCUCAACUCUCGCACGUGAUCCCAGCAUUCACAGAUACCUUCCGCACAGACACGCGCUACGUCGCCAACGACGCGAAUGAAUGUGGGACGGUGUGGGAAUGUGCGAAUAUCGGUAUCGGGGCAUUCAUGCAUGAAGUCGGACAUGCGCUUACGUGUCCUCAUCAACCUGAUGGUGUGAUGUUACGGGAUUACGUUCGACUCAAUCGGACGUUUUGUGUUGGUGAGGCACCGGGGGUGGCGAGGGGACGGGAGAAGGGGAAGAGAGUUGUGGGGAGGGAGGAGGAGUGUUGGUGGCAUAGGUUGGAUAUCAUGAGGUUUCGGUACCAUCCGCUUUUUAGGUUACCGGGUGAGGGUGCGCCGAUUAAUGAUCAAGGCCCGACGUACCAUCCUGUUGAGCAUGGUGUGCAGGUGACGUCUAAUGCCGGUAUCUCGUUGGUUGAAAUUUAUGUCGAUGGGAGGUUUCGGGCACAUCACGAGUUCCCAGAUCAACCUGAGCAGGAACUGUUCCUCCUCGAAUCCGAACUACGAGAGAAAGCGGGUACAAAAACGGGGAAAAUGAAGCUCGAAAUCAUUUCCGCGAAUCAGGGACAGACCACGAUCGAGGAUUUCGAUGGUCUGUUACGUGAAGGCGUCCUCGACAUCUCAACCCACGACGGCCAUCCCAUCCUCAAAGCCCAGAAAUUCGGGUUGAGCGGACUACCAAAUUCAAGACCAAUCCAAGUCAUCUUCCCCGAUAGCCCAAUCACAAACAUAACCGUUUUCUCCGGCAACUCCCUCGACGGCCUAGAAUUCACCUUCGCAAACUCCUCCCGCCUCCUCUUCGGUGGACGCGGAGGGUCCCCGCACCACCUCCCACUCAACGGUCCCGAGGGCGAGAGGAUCAGCCACUUUGUAGUGAGGAGUGGGGUUUGGGUUGAUGGGGUUGAGGUUUUCACAAACUGGGGACGGAGGAGUGGGUGGUUUGGUGGAGGAGGGGGGAGUUUGCAUGAGGUUAGGUGUCCGGAGGGGUAUGUGAUUGUUGGGAUGUGGGGGAGUUUGGGGCAGUGGUUGGAUGGGAUUGGGGUGUUGUAUAAGGCGGUAUCGUAGGGAGGAUGGAGGAUAGAGACGUGGGACAUAAUAUAUCGAACAAUACCUUGUAACAGCAG